AUGCUUCCUGCUCUGAUCUUGCUGUUUGUUCCGAUAGACGGAGCACAUCACUACUAUCCGCCAGGGAAUAAUGUGCCUGCUGCUCCACCGGCGGUGAGUUAUUUUCGUUCGUUUCAAUCUAAUUCACAAUAAUCUAGUUUCAGCCGCAAUUCGAACCGAUCUACUACGAGCCUUAUGAUCGUGACGAUGAUGACAGAAGCAGGGGGGAAAUUGUCUACGUCCCGGGACCGCCUGGACCUCCGGGUCCACCAGGAAAAUUAGGAGAUUCGGGAGAGGACGGGCAAGUCGGAGACGACGGAGACCUCGGAGAGACCGGCGACAAGGGAGAAAGAGGUUCUGAUGGAGCAAAAGGAGCACAGGGACCAGCAGGUGAUAAUGGAAACGAUGGAGCCCAAGGAGACAAGGGAGACCCUGGAGUGAAGGGAGCGCCAGGAAGCAGCGGAGGACCAGGUGCCAAAGGACAAUCAGGAUCGAAGGGCGAUGAAGGAAAAACCGGAAACGACGGAAAGAAAGGAGUACAGGGACCGAAAGGAGAACAAGGAGAACAAGGUGCAAAUGGAAAGCAGGGCGACAAGGGAAAGGAUGGAGAUCCAGGACAGAAGGGAGAUCCAGGACAGCUCGGACAGAAGGGAACACCAGGAGACGUGGGUCCGGAUGGAACGAAAGGAGAUCCAGGAAACGGCGGCGACAAAGGAGAUCGCGGAAAUCCAGGACCAAGUGGAGAGAAAGGAGAGAAAGGACCACCUGGAGCUCAAGGAAAGACUGGAGAUUCUGGCGAGAAGGGAGACGAUGGCCAGAAAGGACCACAAGGACCGAAGGGAUCGCCGGGAACCAAAGGAAAUCCUGGACCGAAGGGGCUGAAAGGACCUCCUGGAGAAGACGCGACCAACUGCCCUCCGACCAAAGCAGUGGCCUGA